AUGAAUAAUCAACCUGUGUAUAUGUCUGUUGAGCAAAUAAAUGCUUUGUUUCAAAGGGAUUCGACUUAUGAAGUCAGAGAUGACCGUAUUAAUUCGUUCUAAUAUGAUAUCAAGAGAAAUGAUAUUUGGAAGUCAGAAGGUCCAGAAUGCGAAGAAAACAGGCCAACUAAUUAAAGUGAGAGUAUGAUGAUGAUUACUCGAGAGGAGUAUUAGAGUUUGCAAUAGGAAUACGAGAGGCGUAAAGAUAUGGAGGAGAAAUAUAAGGAAGACAUUAAUAAAUUAAUGAAAGAACUUAAGUAGAAGGGUGGAGAACUGGAGAGUGUGAAGAGAGAUUAAGAUUUAUUAUUUGAAUAGAAUUAAAGAAGAGAAUAAGUGCUCUAGAAUCUGAGAUAAUAAGUUCAAGAAGCAAAUCAUCGGGAACAGAAGGCUGUUAUAGAAUUGGCUGAUAUGCAGGAAUAACAUAUGUAGAUGAAAUAGAAAUUGGAAAUAGUUUAGCAGAAAUACAACUAUUUAUAGAAGCAACACAAAUUUGAAAUUGAUAGAAAGGAUAAAUAAAUUGAUUAACUCAAGAGUUAAAUAAUAUUCUUGAAUGAGGAUAAUGAAAAACUUAAGAAUGAAUAUUAGGCAGGGAUUCUCUAUCUCGAUUCUUAGAGAGUGUCAUAAGAAAAGACCCAAAAUUAAUGGGCUUAAUUUAAUUCGAGUGCUUACAAGAGUAGCAUAUAAUUCCAGAAGGAAAAAUCAAUUACUUAGAUUUAGUUUAAGAGUAAUUAUGACUCCAAACUAAUUUUCGGAAAAAAGUCUCAAAAUUCAUUAAAAUAACAACAAUCCUAAUCCGAUUUGUAGUUGAAAGGAUAAUGA